CCCUGUCUCCGCUGCGCUCCGUCCCGGCUGACUGCACGGUGGGGAUGGGUUCAGGUAGGGCCAGGAGGACUCCGGAAAAAAAGCGCCAAGAGGAAAGCACCGUCUCCUUGAAACGUUCAUCUCCUCUCACACAUAUCCAGUUUCCAAGCUUCAGCUCUUCGGUGGAUGCUCACAGGAACACAUAGACCUCACAGAAGGUGUCUGGGAGAGAAUUUUUUUUAAUUUUUUUGUCUUUGUGCUUUAGAGGGAUUGUGGUCAGUCGUUAUUGACUGGAAGACACUUUAUGAAAGGAUAUCUCACUUGAGCUUUGCAUCAUGGCACAUGCAGCAUCCCAGCUGAAGAAAAAAGCUGAUUUGGAACUUACAGCUGCCGAGGAAGAGAAAGAGAAGAAGAAGAAGCCCAGAAAAAGGUCCAAAGAUCCAAAGAAAAAGACUGACAGUAAUGCCAGUUACCUCAGAGCGGCCCGAGCUGGAAACCUCGAGAAGGCCCUCGAUUAUAUAAAGUCUGGUGUGGACAUCAACAUCUGCAACCAGAAUGGGUUGAACGCUCUUCAUCUGGCAUCUAAAGAAGGCCAUGUGGAGGUUGUGGCUGAGCUUAUUAAACUUGGUGCCACUGUGGACGCCGCAACAAAGAAAGGGAACACUGCUCUGCACAUAGCAUCACUCGCUGGACAGGUGGACGUUGUCAAGGAACUUGUGAAUAACCAUGCAAAUAUCAACGCCCAGUCUCAGAAUGGCUUCACACCACUCUACAUGGCUGCCCAGGAAAACCACCUAGACGUUGUCAAAUUCCUCCUGGAUAAUGGAUCCAGUCAGAGCAUUGCCACAGAGGAUGGUUUUACUCCACUGGCCGUAGCUCUUCAGCAGGGCCAUGAUCAGGUGGUGUCUCUGCUCCUGGAGAACGACACCAAGGGAAAGGUGCGUCUACCUGCCCUGCACAUCGCCGCCCGUAAGGACGACACCAAAGCUGCGGCACUGCUCCUGCAGAACGACCACAAUGCAGAUGUCGAAUCCAAGAUGAUGGUGAAUAGAACGACAGAGAGUGGCUUCACCCCUCUCCACAUUGCGGCUCAUUACGGUAAUAUCAACGUAGCAACCCUGCUUCUGAACCGCGGGGCUGCCGUAGACUUCAAGGCGAGGAAUGACAUCACACCUCUCCAUGUGGCAUCGAAAAGAGGAAAUGCCAACAUGGUCAGGCUCCUGCUGGAGAGAGGAGCCCGAAUCGAUGCCAAAACCAAGGAUGGCCUGACACCUUUACAUUGUGGAGCAAGGAGCGGUCAUGAGCAAGUUCUUGAGAUGUUACUAGACCGUGGAGCACCAAUCCUCUCUAAGACAAAGAACGGCCUUUCACCUUUGCAUAUGGCCACGCAAGGAGAUCAUCUGAACUGCGUUCAGCUCUUGCUUCAUCAUGAGGUGCCCGUGGAUGAUGUCACCAACGAUUAUCUGACAGCUCUGCAUGUCGCUGCACACUGCGGACACUACAAAGUUGCCAAGGUCCUUGUGGACAAGAAGGCCAAUCCUAAUGCCAAAGCUCUGAAUGGUUUUACACCACUUCACAUUGCUUGCAAGAAGAACAGGAUUAAAGUGAUGGAGCUGCUGCUGAAACACGGAGCGUCCAUUCAGGCUGUGACUGAGUCUGGACUCACGCCGAUUCAUGUGGCCGCUUUCAUGGGCCAUGAAAACAUUGUGACUCAGUUGACAAAUCACGGAGCGUCCCCUAACACGAUGAAUGUGAGGGGAGAGACGGCUCUUCAUAUGGCUGCCAGGGCAGGACAGGCAAACGUGGUGAAGUUCCUGGUGGCGAAUGGAGCAGAUGUGGACGCUAAAGCCAAGGAUGAUCAGACCCCGCUGCAUAUAUCCAGUCGUCUGGGAAAACCAGAUAUAGUCCAGCAACUACUGCAACAUGGGGCUUCACCUGACGCCACCACCACAUCUGGAUACACGCCGCUCCACCUGGCCGCCCGUGAUGGCCACAAAGACGUGGCUUCCAUACUGCUCGACAACAAAGCAUCUCUUGGCAUCACUACCAAGAAAGGAUUCACUCCCCUGCAUGUUGCAGCCAAAUAUGGGAAGAUUGAAGUUGCUAAAUUACUGCUACAGAAGCGAGCGCCACCUGAUGCAGCUGGAAAGAGUGGACUAACACCACUGCAUGUUGCUGCACACUACGAUAACCAGAAAGUGGCCCUCCUUCUGUUGGACCAAGGAGCGUCUCCGCACGCAGCAGCGAAGAAUGGCUAUACUCCACUGCACAUAGCCGCCAAGAAAAACCAGAUGGAGAUAGCGACCACACUGCUCGAGUAUGGAGCUGAUACCAAUGCCACAACACGCCAGGGCAUUAGUCCUCUCCACCUGGCGGCCCAGGAGGGUAAUGUGGACAUGGUCACGCUCUUGCUCGCCCGUGAAACUGCCAUCAAUCUGGGAAACAAGAGUGGACUGACCCCUCUUCACUUGGCGGCUCAAGAGGACAAAAUCAAUGUUUCAGAAGUGCUGGUUAAUCAUGGUGCCACAAUCGACCCAGAGACUAAGAUGGGAUAUACGCCCCUGCAUGUGGCCUGUCACUAUGGCAAUAUAAAGAUGGUGCACUUCCUCCUGAAGAACCAGGCUAAAGUCAAUGCCAAAACCAAGAACGGAUACACACCUCUUCACCAGGCAGCUCAGCAGGGUCACACACACAUCAUUAAUCUUCUGCUGCAGCACGGAGCCUCUCCUAAUGAGCUGACAGUGAAUGGAAACACUGCCUUAGCUAUUGCCAGGCGCCUGGGUUACAUCUCUGUGGUUGACACGCUUAAAGUCGUGACAGAGGAGACGCACACUACUGUGACGGUGACGGAGAAACAUAAAUUGAAUGUUCCAGAAACAAUGAAUGAGGUUUUGGACAUGUCAGAUGAUGAAGUUCGUAGAGCCAAUGUGCCUGAAAUGCUCAAUGAGGACUAUAUUUCAGAUGUUGACGAAGGUGAGGAUGCGAUGACAGGAGAAACAGACAAGUACCUGGGACCGCAGGAUCUGCGAGAGCUCGGAGACGACUCUCUCCCUCAGGAAGGAUACGUGGGAUUCAGCGUCGGAGCCCGUACGGCCAGUCUGCGCUCCUUCAGUUCGGAUAGGUCCAACGCACUCAACCGGACCUCCUUCACCCGUGACAGCAUGAUGAUUGAAGAGAUCCUGGCGCCGAACAAGGACACGGGGGUCUGUAGAGAAAUGGCCACCCUUGUUGACUCUCAUUUUAAGCACCUGGCUUUAUCAAAAGAUUACAACACAGACUCGAUGAGGCGCUGUAGCUGGACUCCAGAGACUCUGGACAACGUGAACCUGGUCUCCAGCCCCGUCCACUCAGGCGUUUCUCCCUCACCCCUUCAGUAUGACAACAGGUUUUUGGUGAGCUUCAUGGUGGACGCCCGCGGUGGUUCCAUGCGAGGAAGUCGCCACAAUGGCAUGCGCAUCAUCAUCCCACCUCGCAAGUGCACCGCGCCAACGCGUAUCACGUGUCGUCUGGUCAAGAGACACAAGCUGGCAUCCCUGCCGCCCAUGGUGGAGGGAGAGGGGCUGGCGAGCCGGCUGGUGGAGGUGGGCCCAGCGGGGGCUCAGUUUCUGGGCCCUGUGAUUGUGGAGAUCCCUCAUUUUGGGUCCAUGAGAGGGAAAGAGCGAGAGCUUAUUAUGCUCAGGAGCGAAAACGGUGAGACCUGGAAGGAGCAUCAUUAUGACUGCAAAUCUGAAGACCUCAUUGAGCUCCUCAAUGGCAUGGAUGAAGAGCUUGACAGCACAGCAGAUCUGGAGAAGAAGCGUAUCUGCCGGAUCAUCACAAAGGAUUUCCCACAAUACUUUGCGGUGGUAUCACGGAUCAAACAGGAGAGUAAUCAAAUGGGUCCAGACGGAGGGGUCCUGUCCAGCAUGACCGUACCUCUGGUCCAGGCCUCCUUCCCUGAGGGUGCGCUCACCAAGAAGAUCAGAGUUGGACUGCAGGCCCAGCCUGUUCCAGAUGAAGCUGUGAAGAAGAUCAUAGGAAAUCGUGCCACCUUCAGCCCUAUAGUGACCGUGGAGCCUCGCAGGAGGAAGUUCCAUAAGCCCAUUACCAUGACCCUACCUGUGCCUCCACUGUCUGGAGAGGGUGUGGUGAAUGGCUACAAAGGAGACCCAACCCCAAGCCUGCGCCUGCUCUGCAGUAUAACUGGUGGCACAUCGCCUGCUCAGUGGGAGGACAUCACUGGGACUACACCUCUCACCUUUAUGAAUGACUGUGUGUCCUUCACAACAAACGUGUCUGCCAGGUUUUGGCUUGCAGACUGCCAUCAGACCCCAGAAACUGUAGGUUUGGCCACCCAGCUCUACAGAGAGCUCAUCUGUGUGCCCUACAUGGCCAAGUUUGUAGUGUUUGCCAAAAUGAACGACCCUGUGGAGUCCAGCCUGCGGUGCUUCUGUAUGACAGACGAUAAAGUGGACAAAACCCUGGAACAGCAGGAGAACUUUGAGGAGGUGGCCAGAAGCAAAGACAUCGAGGUACUGGAAGGGAAACCCAUCUAUGUGGACUGCUAUGGAAAUUUGGCCCCUCUGACCAAAGCCGGACAGCAGCUGGUUUUUAACUUCUAUGCUUUCAAAGAAAACAGAUUGCCGUUCUGUGUAAAGGUCAGAGACAGCAGCCAAGAGCCAUGUGGCCGCUUGUCCUUCCUCAGAGAGCCCAAAACUUCCAAGGGUCUUGCUCAGACUGCUAUCUGUAAUUUAAACAUCACACUGCCAGGACUCAAGAAGGAUGUGGAUUCAGAUCCAGAAGAAGAGACUGAAAAGCCAGACCGACGUCAUACCUUUGCAUCUCUAGCCUUACGUAAGCGCUACAGCUAUCUGACCGAGCCUGGAACGAAAACAGUUGAACGAAGUACAACAAGAACACUGCCUGCUGGUUACGCUCACAAACCUGUCUUUUCAACAAGAUCUUACCAGGCAUGGUCGACUGCUCCUAUUACCGUCCCUGGGCAAACAAAAUGUGGACUGGGUUCCCUCUCCAGUUCACCUUCCAACACGCCAUCUGCUUCACCACUAAAGUCUGUGUGGUCUCUUUCCUCUGCUUCUCCAAUCAAGUCCACCCUAGGAACAUUGAACGCUUCUCCUGCAAAAUCAGUUAGCGAUGUAGCAUCACCCAUUAGAACAUACAGAUCUAUGUCAUCUCCAAUAAAGACUGUGGUUCAGCAACCCCAAAACCAAGUUCAAAUUUCCUCCAAUCUCCUGUCUUCCCCGGGUAAAACUGGCACAGAUCCGGUGUCCAUUAAGGGGCUCGCUGCUUCAUUAUCCUCAAGAGCUAACUUGAUUUCGUCACCUGGAUCCAUGCUAGACAGAACUUUCUCCACAGUGACCCAAGCUGAUUCUAUAAAGUCAACCACAAAUACAUACACAUCUCUAUCAUUCAAAUCCACCCUGGCCCCCACAAGUAUAGCAGCGUCCUCUCCCAUUCGAAACAUAACAAGCUUGUCCUCUAUUAAAACAAACACAGAUGCAGCUAGGGGUACGAUUCUGUCAUCGCUUUCUUCAUCAGCUAAGCCUACAAUAUCCAGUACUGAAACAGUCCUGCUUAAUGGAUCCAUCUCACCGAUGAAAUAUCCCUCAUCCUCCUCUGCAUCUUCCCGUCUGUUUACAGGAGGGGUUUACAGCUUACAAGAACGGAUACAGGCCACAACGCAAGCAGCUACAGCCAAUGUUGGUGCAGCCUUCAGUGUGGCUGAGAAAACACUUACUGCUGGCUUAUCGUCAAAUUGUAGUGCACUAAAAUCUGUAUCUUCACCUUUAAGAUCAAAUUUAUCAAGUUCUGUUUACGAUACCCUUAGAUCAACAGCCACUACCACCACAUCAAUAUCAUCCAUUUCUAUGUCCGUUCCGGUAUUCUCUGUGGUCAGUGUGCUCCCUGAACCCCAGGGGAAGAAACUCCCAGAAAAAGUUACAAUCACACCUCAGACACUCAACCAAGCACAGUCCUCAACAUCACGAAUUAAACCCUCAAAACCCUCACUUUUUAUUUCCCCAACAGUCCUAAAAGCUGCUGCCGCACCCACGUUGACAUCCAGUCAAGAAAUUCUUAAGGAUGUGGCAGAUAUGAAGGAAGAUCUGAUAAGAAUGACCGCAAUCUUACAAACUGACGCGUCAACCAGAGCCAAAAGCUUCAACUCGCAUGUUUCUAAAGAGUCCAGAAUGGAGGAUGAAGAGCCUUUCAGUUUGGUUGAGAAAGUUAAAGAGGACCUUGUCAAAGUUAGUGAAAUUCUCACAAAAGAUGUACUGAGCAACGCCAAAAGCUCAAGUAAAGACAGGGCGUCUGAAGAUGAAUGGGAAGAGUUCUCCAAAGAUGAAAUUGAGGAGGCACAACAGAGUGCCAUGCGUUCCCUGCCAACAUUUGAACCAUCCCUUCCUGUUGGGCCAGAGUCAGUUCCAGAUAAAGAUCUCAAUUUAGCUAAAGUGGUUGAUUACUUAAUGAAUGAUCUUGGUGCCAGUUCCCUUUCAAAAAUAGCUGAUGUAAAGAGCAGGUAUGAUGAAAUAAAGAAGGAAGGGGAGGAAAAACAAAAGCGUACCAUAAAACCGGAGCACAAGCUCAAAAUGCCACCCACAGGUAUGCGGACCUCUCCCUCAGAGAAAGACUUGAGUAAAUUAGCAGACUCCUAUAGUGGCACAGAUGCUAUCCUGGAAUCUCCUGAUGACCUUUCCCAUGAGCAAGACAAGAGUCCCCUCUCAGACAGUGGUUUUGAAACCAGAAGUGAAAAGACCCCAUCAGCUCCUCAAAGUGCAGAGAGCACAGGGCCCAAACCCCCCUUCACCGAUGUGCCUAUUCCCCCCGUCAUAACCGAAACCAGAACUGAGGUUGUUCAUGUCAUCAGGAGCUAUGAACAUCCUGAGGAGGUCUGUGAGCCUCUAAUGGAUGAGGCAGUAGCUUUAAAGCCUCCGGUUGAGCAUGAGCCAGCAGUUAGCUCAAUCAAAGAUAAGGUAAAAGCCUUGCAGAUGAAAGCCAGCUCUGAGGAACUGGCAUGCGUCAAAGAAGAAACUCAUAUCACCACUACAACUCGAAUGGUCUACCACAAACCUCAACUGAAAGAUGCUGGAGAAACAAUGUCAGUCCGAGACAUAAUGAAAGCUUUUCAGUCUGGAAGAGACCCUUCCAAAGAAUUUGCCGGUUUAUUUGAGCACAAAGUUGGCCAAGAUGCCAUCAAAGGAGAUGAAUUGUCGCCACGGUUCAUCGAAAAGGACAAAAAACCCAAAGUUGAGAGAAUUAUCGAGGUGCACAUAGAAAAGGGCAACACAACUGACCCGACUGAAGUUAUAAUCAGAGAGACUAAAAAGCAUCCAGAGUUUAUAUGUAGGAAUGACCGAAGUCUCAAGGAGCUUGUUGAAAGGGUUGAUGGUGAUUAUGAGACUCUUCAAGAUGAGGAGGAACUUGCUGCUGAGGAAUCAUUGCCAUCCUUCUUAGACACAUCUAGAGUCAAUACACCUGUUUCCCAAGAGGAAGAGUCUCGUCCCAGUUCAGCUCAGCUUAUUGCAGAUGAGUCAUAUAAAACUUUAAAACUUCUAAGCCAGCAUUCUAUUGAGUAUCAUGAUGAUGAGUUAUCUGAGUUGAGAGGGGAGUCAUACAGGUAUGCUGAGAAAAUGUUGCACUCAGAAAAAUUAGACAUAUCACAUUCUGAUACUGAGGACUCAGUGGCAGACCAGGCGCAUAGAGUAGCCACUGAGGUCCAUGGGGCAAAAGGCAUAUAUGGAGAAAAAGUAGCUGGCCCCAGGAAGGAGUCCAAAUUAAAGUCAGCAAGGGAUGCAUCAGACAAAUCAGGUAAAUAUCCCUCUCAAGAUGAGCAAUAUGACAAAGUUACAGUAUUACAUUAUACCACAGAACCCGGUAGCCCUAAACAUGCAGUGUGGAUGAGAUUCGCCCAGGAUAGGCAGGACAGGGACAGAGAGAAGCUCAUAUAUGAAGAUAGAGUAGAUCGGACCAUUAAAGAGGCAGAGGAGAAACUGAGUGAGGUUUCACAGUUUUUUAGGGACAAAACUGAAAAGUUAAAUGAUGAGCUCAAAUCCCCUGAGAAAAAGAAACCAACAAGAUCAUCACGAGAGACACAGUCAGGGCCGAGCUCAACAUGCAGCAGCCCUGAGAAAAAGCAAAAGACUGCAGCCGAGGAAUGGGACAAAGGCAGACAGAAGAUGUUUGGCAGCACAAACGAAAGGAAAAGUGCAAGUCUGCCGAACAGUCCCGAGAGGCAUAUGCUGUCACAGUUCAGUGAAGACAAGCCAAAACAGCACGAAGCUCUUAAGCAGACAAAGACAGGUGAUGCAGGCCCCCCAGUCCCCGUUAAGACUUUUAGAGUGAGUUCUGUUCGACAAAAGUUUGAAAUAGAAGCACAGAAACAGGAUCAGAAUGUGCCUCUAACUCAGUCAAAACAACCAGUUAAGAAACUACCAGAAAGUAAGUUACCAGUGUUUCAGUUUUACGCUGGUUCAAAACCCUCAAAAACUGAUUGCACAGACGAAGGACACACACCUACUAAAAAACUAACAGAAAAUGAAAAAAGUAAAUUAACCCCUCACAUUAACAGCAGUACUAUUGUCUCAAAGCAGUCGGGUGAAAAAUGUUUACCUGAAAAAUCAACCACAUCAGAUACUGUUGUUAAAACAACCUCUCAUUUUGAGAAAAUGAAAGAACAAGAUUUUGAUGAAACUCGGGAGAGCUCUACUAAAGUUGACUCUCAGGCUUUGAAAGAUGGAAAUAUUGCAAACAGGCAUAGUGUAAUUAAUGAUAUUAAAGAGCAGCAGUUUUUUAAGAGUGACAUUAAAAAUGAGACCGUUAAAACAGCUUCAUUGUCUAAGGAUAAUAUCAGUAGGAAUGACUUUCAGAUAAAGACCCUUAAGAAACAGACAGACUCUCAUAUUCCUGUGAGAACAUCACCUGGUUCCUCAGACAAUAAUCAGUCAAAUAAGGCAAAUCAAGACACAUUAACUAAAUUAUCUGAAAAAAGCCCAUCGCACAUACCCACCAUGACCAAACCAAGGAUUCAGGGCCGUUCAGAGUUACAGAGAGAGGAAGCUGCAGCAAAGAAGACUGAAGAAGUCUCUGCUGAAAGUAUAACAACAAGUGGUCUAAGUGACACUAGUUCGGUCGAAAAAAUAUCCACUGUUACAACAAGAGAAAGUUUCAAAGGGCUUAAAACUUUACCAGUCUAUGUAAGUGUUCAAGUAGGGAAACAGUCUGACAAAGAUAUGGGAGGAGGAGGAACCAAUGGAACAUUCAAAAAAAUGGUUAGCUCUGAAAGUCGAACAAUUUAUGCAGUUAAACAGAAACAGCCCUUAUCUCCUCAAGGCAGCCCUGAUGAUGACACUUUAGAACAGUUCUCUUUUAUCGAUAGCUCUGGCAAAAGUCCUAUGACUCCAGAGACACCAAGCUCAGAAGAGGUCAGCUAUGAUCUCACCUCGAGAACCCCUGAUCCAUUUAUUGCCUUCAUGCCAGGUAUUGCAAGCCCAAUAGCUGAGGUUUCAGAGGAGUCAGAAGAUAGUGAGCAAGGUAAAGCUAUUAAUUUGAAAGAAUCUGGACCAGAAAAGGGAGCCAAUGGUAAGCAUGAAACUGUCCAGGAGACAAAAAACAAAAGAGUUGCAUAUAUAGAGUUCCCUCCUCCACCACCCUUGGAUUCUGAUUCCUCACAGCCCGGGAAAAAAGGGUCGACUGCUUCCUCAGAGGCUGAGACUGAAUUGAUGGAAGUAAAUCUCCAAGAGGAGCAUGAUAAACAUCUUCUUGCUGAACCUAUAAUAAGAGUCCAGCCUCCAUCUCCUGUGCCCCCAGGAGCUAAUGAUAGCGAUUCAAGUGAGGAGGAAUCUGUCUUUAAACCUAUUCCAAUAAAGAAAUAUACCUUUAAGAUUGAUGAGGACAAAGAUUUGACGAAAAGCCCGUCCAAAAAACCUGACAAGAAUGGAAACGAUAAAGAACAAGGGGCAAAUGGUAAUGGAAAAGCAGAAGAUUAUGAUUAUGAACAAAAUGGCAAUGAUCAGUCCAUCACCGAUUGCUCAAUAGCGACAACUGCAGAGUUCUCUCAUGACACAGAUGCCACUGAGAUUGACUCUCUUGAUGGAUAUGAACUUCAAGAUGAGGAUGACGGCUUAAGUGAACCUAUUGCCAAACCAUUUGGAUUUCCCAAUGAAAAUAGAAAGGAUCUUUGGGCAUCAGAUAAUAUGUCUAGACCUAGUGACCGUUGCCAAAGUAAACUUGAAGUAAUUCAUGAAGAAUCACCAGCUGAGGAUUACAUAAAGACCAAAGAUAAGACUGAUCCCUCAAACAAAAGGAAUGGAAAGGACGGUGAAAAUUAUGGAAAACAAUCUGAUCAAGGAUUGUCUGACACUUACUUUAGUUACAAGCUAGAUGAGGAGUUUAAUACUCAUUUUAAAACUGUUGCAACCAAAGGCUUUGACCCUUGGUCAACCAAGGGGGGAGAAGAUGAAGUAGUGGACGCUAGAAUUAAAGAUGAAGAUCCCAAGCCAUUUGGGCUAGCAGUAGAUGACAAGUCUACAGCAACAACCCCUGACACAACUCCUGCAAGAACCCCAACCGAUGAAAGCACACCAACUAGCGAGCCAAACCCUUUCCCCUUCCACGAAGGGAAGAUGUUUGAGAUGACCCGCAGUGGUGCGAUUGACAUGAGCAAGCGGGAUUUUGUUGAAGAGAGGCUGCAGUUUUUUCAGAUCGGCCCUCAGAGCCCCUGUGAAAGAACAGAUGUACGUAUGGCUAUUGUGGCGGAUCAUCUUGGCCUGAGUUGGACUGAGCUGGCCAGGGAAAUGGAAUUUUCGGUUGAUGAGAUAAAUCAGAUCCGUGUGGAAAACCCCAACUCAUUGACAGCUCAGAGUUUCAUGCUAUUAAAGAAAUGGGUUAGCCGAGAUGGUAAAAACGCUACAACGGAUGCCUUAACUGCAGUCCUGACUAAGAUCAAUCGGCUGGAUAUUGUGACAUUGCUGGAAGGGCCGAUAUUUGACUAUGGUAACAUUUCAGGCACAAGAUGUUUUGCAGAUGAUAGCGCAGUUUCCCAGGAGCAGGCUGAUGGUUACCACAACAUUGAGCUGGAGCUCAAGAGUCCCUCAGAGGUGUCCUAUGAGCCCCCUACCCCUCUGUGUGAAGAUGAUUUCUUUAGUGAGGACAAUAGGCUAAAGUUUCCCUCUAGUGCCCCUGUUAGACCCAGUGAACUGUCCUUGCCAAACACUAGUGGCCUAGUGUCUGCAGAUACCAAGCCGCCUACUGUCAUGGCGGAGGACACCUCUAUUGGAGGCCGAGAGUCUGUUAGCCAAGAGGAUGGGUCAGCUGAAGAUGAUUUUGGUGUCAGCAAAGAAUCGGCAGCCCCCUCGGAACAACAUGACAGUGAGGGAACCUCAAAAGAAUCAGAUGUCUUCCCAAACAGUCCGUUAAAAGAGCAGACGGAAGUCCAACCUAAGCUUCCCAUUUGUGUCUCAGCCAGCAAAGCUCCUGGAGAGAGUGGCAAGUCUGGGUUUGACGACGAAGAUGAAGAGAUGACCCAAGAGAAGUUAAAGUCUCUCUUGGAGAACAUUAAGUUGGAGGAAGGCUCAGAGGAUGAGGAGAUGACUGAGGAGAGGCUGCAAGCGAUCCUCUCUCAAGUGCAGCUGGCAGAAAAAGACAUGUUUUCAGUUUCAGGUCUGCAGAGUGAGACGUCUGGUGCAAACGGGAAGACGCCAACUUUGGGCCAAGGACUGAAUUCUGAAACACAAGGGCAAAGAGAGUCCCGCCAAGAACUAGUGUCAUCAACACCUGGAGUGCAAACUGAGAGGCAAAAUGGGGAACAUCCAGAGCUCCGAGCCCAAGCUUGCUUGUCACCAGACGCCAGUGAGUCUUCCAGCAAACCAAAGGGCAAAGCUAGGAAAGACUCUGGACAAGAAGAAGUAAGCAGGGAGGCUCUAGAGGACAGAGGACCAAACAUCAGGGGGGAGGACAUUUCCGAGCCUAAAAUCCAGGAAGCUUGUAGCGAUAAUGAAUCCAGCUCUGAUGAGGAAGAAACGGUCACCACCAGAGUGUACCGGCGGAGAGUGAUUUUGAAGGGUGAUCAGGCCAGAAACAUCCCUGUUGAGACUGUGACAGAGGAGCAGUACACAGAUGAAGAUGGAAACACGGUCACCAGAAAAGUCAUCCGUAAAGUGGUGCGUCGCACAGCUGGUGUGGAGGAGAAAGGCAGGAGAAAACGUGGGAAGCGUUCCCGGCAGGCCAGUAGGGCUGAGCAGGAGGAACAAGGGGGCCCUGGGCCCCACAGAGAGCACACUGAGCCUGGAGAAGGAGGGAAGGGCAUAAAAAAGGAAGGAAGACAAAGGGAGAAAAUGGGUCAAUCGUAACAGUUGUGCUUAUUUUGAUCUGAAAGCAUUUCAAAAUCAUUUUCCUACGAGGAGGAUCACUGGAAAUGCGCAGGAGGUCAGGGGAUGAGGAUCGUGUGUCUGCAGCUUUCAUAAAAACAAACGGUUUUCAGCCAGACGGCUUUUGAUUUCGCAUGAGCAUGAAAAAACAAAACAAAAAAAAACUUGUUUCUGUCAAUAACACGGAACGGCUAACGGUCGAGAGGACUUUGUUGGUGCCAAGUUUCGAUCGACUGGGGGCGUCCGAUACGAGACGCUCCACGGCUGUGCCCAAGCACUUCCGUGACCAAAGAGGCCACGAAACAUACUGCAGAUUGACAGAAAAGGAGGGACUCGUUCGAAUCACCUUCUACACUCGCCUUACAUUUUAUUCCUUCUCGGACCCAUGAUGUCGGGGUGUAAAAUGCUGUUGGAGCUUGUGAUGUACAUAAAUUACACUGUAUACAUUUAAAAGUGGCUCACAAUAUUGUUAAUGCACUGGCAAGUGUGUAGGAAUGAACUACCAAUUCUGAUUCCAAUUUUAAGGGAACGCUUCGGUGUAACUUCACAUGCACUUGUAUAAUUACUAGCAAGAAAAAUGUUUGUAAAUGAAAAACAGCCAGCUUGAUUUUAACAACCGAUGUUUCUUUCAAACCUACUGCGGUUUUCAGUGGUUAUGAACAUUGGAUCCGCUGUAGUUCUGUUUAAAGACUUCUUCAGAGUACUAAUAUUUUCAUGCAUGUGAUUCACUUUAUUUUAAUUUUUCUAAACAGUAUAACACACAAGAGAAGGGGGAAUGAUGUUCUGUAUGCAUACACUCACAGCCUUGCUAAUGCUCACAUGUUUUUAUUUUUUUAGAAAGAUGACAGUAUCACAACCCCAUUGUUCAGCUUCACUAAAAUACACUGUGUCCCAUCACAUCACAGCGGCAUGUCCCUAUGCAGUUAAGGAUACAGCUGCAAUCCGAACACUCACCGGUACGCGUCACGUCAACUAGCGUGAUGAACUUGUAACUGUUCUCGUGUGUAAUGGCUCUAAGAUAUAGAAGUCUUUCUGUCAGCCUGUCAUUUAUAAUCAUUCUAGCAGUGUAUCACUACUUUUCAAGGCUGUUGUGGUUUUGGGGGAAAUUUUACUUUGAUUUUGGUGCAUUGAGAAAUCACCCAAGCAUUCAUGGAUGAUAGAUCUGGUAACAAAAAUAUGUAUGGGAAUAAAAAAACAUACACUGGAUGAUCAAAUUAAUUAUUUAAGCUUAUAAUAAAUUGUGUUCAAACCCUCA